AUGGAGCCGGAAGAAAAGAAGAUCUCGGUGUGGAUUUGCCAGGAGGAGAAGUUAAUCUCGGGCCUCACCAAACGGACCACUUGCUCGGAUGUGGUGCGGGUCCUUUUGGAGGAGAGCAAGCAGCGGCGCAGGCGUCGGCUGCAGCAGCAGCAGCAGCAGGCAUCGCUGCAGGAGUGCGGCGGCGGGAUGUUGUCGGGGCUCCCGCAGUCUUACUGCAUCGUGGAGAAGUGGAGGGGCUUUGAGAGGAUCUUGCCCAACAAGACCAAGAUCCUGAGGCUCUGGGCGGCCUGGGGCGACGAGCAGGAGAACGUGCGCUUCGUGCUGGUGCGCAGCGAGGCGUCCUUGCCCAACACCGGACCCAGGAGUGCCGAGGCCAGGGUGGUGCCCAGCAGGGACAGUCCGGGAUGUCACGGCUUAGGGGUUACAGCCCGGGCCAGCCUGGCUUUGAGCCAGGAACGGCAGCGGCGUGUGGUAAGGAAAGCCUUCCGCAAGUUGGCCAAGAUCAACAAGAGGAAGGGACAGCCGCAGCUCGAGGAGCCGCCGGCCAAGGAAGCCCCGGCGGGCGAAAGGAUGGAGACUCUGGUGCAUCUGGUCCUUUCGCAGGACCACACCAUCCGGCAGCAGAUCAAGCGGCUCCGCGACUUAGACCGGGAGAUCGACCGCUACGAGGCGAGGAUUCAUUUCGACCGCAUGAAACGCCACGGGGUUAACUACGUGCAGGACACCUACUUGGUGGGAGAAGAGCCGGAGCCCUUCGCGGGAGAGCAGGAGCUAAAGUCUCCCGCAGGGGCGGCCCCAAUAGCGGCUUCGACGGCGGCGGGGGAGUUAGAGCAGCCGUCGUCCGGCAGCGAGGACUUGGAGGAGUACGCGUGGAAGUGCGAGCAGGUGGCUCGGGUGCAGGAGCAGUGGCGCCGCCAGGAGGAGCUGAUCGAGCAUUUGGCCGGCGAGAUCCAGGAGGAGCUGAACGAGCGCUGGAUGAGGCGGCGCCGGGAAGAGCUGGCAGCCGCCAAGGGCUCCAGCACCAGCCUCUCCGAGACGGACUGCAACACCACCGAGCUGAGCGGCGGCGGCGGCGAGCUCCACGUGGAGCAGGAGCGCAUCAAGACGCAGUUGAGCACCAGCCUCUACAUCGGGCUGCGCCUCAACACGGAUUUGGACGCCGUGAAGUCGGACUUGGAAUUUACGCAGCGCGCCUGGGGCGAUAAAGAGCGGGAGCUCCAGCGCUUGCUCGAUUCCCUGGAGUCCUUACACGUGGAGGGGGAAGGGGAGGAGGAGGAGGAGGAGGAGGAAACGGCGGUGGCGGACGAGCGACGGGACCUCCCUUUCAAUCCGGGCGAGGAGCUGCCCGCCUCAGUCCCGAUCACCUCGGGAAAUUGGGGUGAGGAAGCCGCCCGCAGUUUGAGUAAAGACUGCGAGGAUCGUGAAGACGAAGAUUCCGACACGGGCUUGAGUUCUAUGCACAGCCAGGACUCGGACUCGGUGCCCGUGUGCGAAUCCCUCGUGUAGCAAUUUUCCUUCCGCCCCUCUUUCUCUCUUCUCCCGGUCUUUUCCUUCCCAUCAUCUCAGGGACUGCAAAGUUGUGUUUCCUCCCGUUUUGACCAUCGUUGCCCGAGUUUCCAUUGGUGCAAAAUGCUUCGAUUAAGAAUUCCUGCUUUUCCUCCCGUUUCUGAUCAAGUGUAUUGCAAUACAUUGUAAUAAUGCAGGAUCCAAUCUGGGUCGGUAACCGGGACCAUUGUAGUAAUCAUGACGGUGGUUCAGUAUAGGCCAUUUCUGUUCAAAUAAUUAA